AUGUCAAACGUUGUCGUACCAUCCUUCUUUCCAACGUCCAUUGAGAUUGCUGGUGGGAUUCGAUGGGUCAAAGAACAUCCUGUGGUGGCCACUGCUGCUGUGGCUGCAGCAACUGCAGUGAGUGUGCUCAAGUACCUCCAAGUCGCUACGGAGGAUGACACUGAAUUAAAAGUAGCCAUUUUAAGUCCCCGUAAGGAGACUGACGAUGUCUGCAGUACUACAGAGAGUGAUGCGUCCACCCCAUCACGAGAUCGGACCCUCACGCUUCGCAACCUCAGUUUUCUUGAGUCCGAAAGGGACAUUGAGAUUGAUGCUGCAGUGGGGAACAAAGUAUUGUUGGAGCCCGCUUUGUUAGAGGAAGAUGGAGAGACGGGAUCCCCACAGUGGGGAUGGUACGUGUCGACAACGCCACCCGAGGAUUAUUAUCCGUGA